AUUUCUCACCACCAAAGGGUUCCUCCAAAACUGUGCAUAGUUCUACAACAACAAUAGCCCUUUUCAAAAAGGUGAAAAGGAACAGUGUUGUACGCCUUUUUUCCUCCAUGAGGAAGAGACAAGAGGAGCUUGUGCACUCGUAAACCAAGAAAGAGGAAAAACCCUCUCGCACUCUCUCGCAAAUAUCCCGGAAUUGCUCUAUUGUUACGCGUUUUUUAUUUUUCAAUUGAAGCGGAGACAAGAAAAGGGUGAAGAAAAAAAAUGGUGGACUUUGCAAGGGUGCAGAAGGAGCUGCAAGAGUGCAACAGGGACUUUGAGGUGUCUGGGAUAAGGGUCGUCCCUAAUGGUGAAGCUAAUCUUGCCCACUUGCUCGGUACAAUCCCUGGUCCUCUUGGUACUCCUUAUGAAGGCGGGACCUUCAAGAUCGACAUCACUUUACCUGAUGGUUACCCUUUUGAGCCUCCCAAAAUGCGGUUUGCAACUAAAGUAUGGCAUCCUAAUAUAAGCAGUCAAAGUGGUGCCAUAUGCCUGGAUAUCCUGAAAGACCAAUGGAGCCCGGCUCUGACUUUGAAAACAGCGCUCCUCUCUGUUCAAGCAUUACUAUCUGCUCCCGAACCUGAUGAUCCCCAGGAUGCUGUCGUAGCACAACAGUAUCUUAGGGACUACCAAACUUUUGUGGGCACCGCUCGUUACUGGACCGAAGCAUUUGCCAUGAUAUCAUCUCUUGGCGUGGAGGAGAAGGUGCAAAAGCUUGUGGAGAUGGGUUUUCCUGAAGCUCUAGUGAGGAGCACUCUGGAGAGCGUUGGCGGUGACGAAAACUUGGCUCUGGAGAAGCUUUGCUCUACUUAGCACUUACUACACUCACUGCUGCCGUUAACUGUUCUGCAAUGGGGCAGCAGCAGCAUAUAUGGUAUACGAAAUGACUAUUUAUGUCAAAAACACUUUAUAAAUAAUAUUUGUUAACCUUCUUUUUUCCAUUUAA